GGUAGAGGAGGAGGAGGAGUUAGUUCAAGAGGAGGAGGAAGAAAUGAGGAUAAACCGAAAAGAGAAGCGAUUUUAGAUUUAUCCAAGUAUGUCAACCAAAGAGUGAUUGUAAAAUUUAUGGGAGGUAGACAAAUUACUGGGAUCUUAAAAGGUUAUGAUGGUUUAUUAAACUUAGUAAUGGAUGAAGUAGAAGAAAGUUUAAAACCAGAAGAAACCACAAAAACAAGAUCACUUGGAUUAGCAGUAAUAAGAGGAACGAGUUUAGUGGUUAUCAGUCCAGUAGAAGGAUUUGAAGAAAUCGCAAAUCCAUUUAUAAAUCAACAAUAA